UAAUUUAUUAUAGAACAGGGCGUUUCUCGAUCAUAGGUCACCUGUGUCGGUGGUGUAGGCUGGAGGGUCGUGAAUAUUUGAUGAACUCUCGAGUCUCAUUUCUCUCCUACUAACUCAAUUCAUCCUUCAUGCUUCCUCAAACUCGUGUCUUUCUGCCUUAUCCUGUGAAGAAUCACAAAAAAGGUUGAUGAAAAACACUUCAGUCUACUUUUAAAGAACACGUAUCCGUCUCUUAAAUCGUUCAAAAGACGUAUUUAAUUACAACUAAGUUGUAAAUAACAUCAUAAGUAAGCACAAAAUAAUUGAGGGCCAUACGUGGGGGACUCUGGACUGUUGAACAACUUCUCACCUAGUCAGUUAAAUAAAUAAUGAUAAUAAUUUCUCACUGCGAAAUGUCACUUCAAUUCCAUGACUAUACGACUGAGCAGUGGGAGCUGAAUGCAGCCGCUGAGGAUGUGGUGAAGGAUGUUCCGUAAGGUGAAGAAGCGGCACAGCAGCAGCAGCUCUCAGAGCAGUGAGAUCAGCACCAAAAGCAAGUCUGUGGACUCCAGUUUGGGAGGACUGUCCCGGUCCAGCACCGUCGCCAGCCUCGACACUGACUCGACCAAGAGUGCAGCGGCGAACAACACAGCGGAGACAUGUGCAGAGUUCCGGGUCCGGUACGUGGGAGCCAUCGAGAAGCUGCAGUUUGAAAUGAGCAAGACACUUCAGGAACCAUUGGACCUCAUCAGCUACAUAGACGCUGCUCAGCAAGAUGGAAAGCUGCCUUUUGUCCCUGGAGAUGAGGAGAUGGUACUUAUCGUUUCCAAAUAUGGGGUGAAGGUGGCGUCACUGGAUCAGUGUGAUGUGUUACAUCGCCACCCCUUGUACUUGAUCGUGCGAAUGCUGGGCUACGACGACGGCCUGGGAGCGGGAAAGAACCUGCUGGCUCUGAAAACCACUGACGCGGAGCAGCAGGAGUGCAGCAUCUGGGUGUAUCAGUGCAGCAGCGCAGAGCAGGCUCAGUCCAUCUGCAAGGUUCUGUCCGCUUCGUUUCACUGUGCGCUGGCCGUCGACAAGUCCUGAGAGAAGUCUCCACGACCUGUAGUUUUUAAUGUGUUAUUUAUCCCCUUUGCAUCCACCUGCCUUUCUGUGUUUAAUUUCAGUGAGAAACUGUCAUCUGUGUUGCCUUCACAGAGACGUACGAGGAAUAGAGGAGCUCCGCGGUUCUCAUCGAUAAUCUGCUUUUUUAUCCGUCUCAAUUUCAUCAUGAAUCAUUUGCAGUUGAAUUCUAACUUGGUACAAUAUUUUGCGUUUAUUAGCCGUUUACAUAUGAUGUUAAAACUUGAUCGUUCGCACACAAAUUAAGUUGGUUGAACUUGAAUGAAGGAUUCGGUACAAUAAAAACAAUUAAGAUGAGAUGAAUUUGUUGUUUUUUUAAAAGGAUGAGUCAGUCCUCCUUUACUCAACCACAUAAUUGGAGCAUAUUUGUAAUGUAAAAUAAUAUGGAUUGAUAUGCAGCAGUGAUAUGUUUUUCAUUAGAAAAAAUAAAACAGUAUUUAGUGUUUAAAUAUGUGAUGAAAUACAUUUUUAAACAAGAGCAAGAUGCAAUUAUAAGAAAUUAUAUUAUACAUUAUUUGAAAAGUUGGAUGUACUUCUAUAAAAUACUGAAUUGUUCUAAGGAGAGACGGUAUUGGAGUAAAAUACUACAAUGAAUAUGUGUCCAGUUUAUGAUAGCAAUAAGCGCAAAACCCCCAAUGUGAAGUUUAGCGUAAAAGCACCAAAGGCCUCGAAUAUUCAACGUAUACAUCGCGUUGUAGGGAAAUGGCCGCUAGGGUGCGCCAGUGAGCUGAAAACUAUUUUUUUUGAUAGUAAAUGCCGUCAUCAGUAAAUUUAAAGCCCAUUGUUUAUUUUAAUACACCAAUAUAUUUGUUUAAAAAAGGUUCCUUAAAUUGGCUGUAAAACCCGUGUUGCGCCAUUUUGCUGAUUCAUCGCUCCUCAUGUUCCUUAAACUGUCGUUUGCUUAUUGAACCUAAUAUGUGGAGAGAGAAAACUUAAGGAUGUUUAACAUCGAGCAUCGCAGCCACGUGAAAGCGAACAUUUGGGAUUGGUGAAUUAAUGGGUAAAUUAUAAAAUAAAAAUGUGACAAUCUGGGCGAAAACAGUAACAAAAUUAGUCAUAAUUCCGGCACCGAAAACAGGGACCACAAUUGUCGCCAAGAUAUUAAUCUAUUAAAGUCAGUAAUGAUGACUGUUAUUAUUUAUUUAUUAUUUUGCAUUAUUUGCGGACACUUUUUACUAUUUGUUACCACCCCAGUAGGAAAAGAUCCCCUAGUUUAAUCAGUAGAAAACAUAUUUUGUAAGCAAUAAUAAGCACAAUAAUUCAACAUAGCGUCACAUCUUUUUUUUUAUUAUUAAAAUGCACCGCAGGCUAAAGAUGGUUUUGUUUCCUCAUACAAUAUUUGUAUUUUGAUAUUGCAGUUCCACUUUGUGGCUGUAUUGUCGUCAUAUUUCCGUCAGAAGUCCUUUUAUAGUCACGUUUCGCUCUACGGAUCAGGCAGGAAGUGUGUUUGCGUGUGGAGGUCAGGUGGGUCGCCUCUCAGGUCCAGACCAGGCCGGAGGAGGCUGGAAAAGCAGCUCCACUCAGGGUGAGGUUUAUUUACAGCCUCCGUCUGCUGCGUCCUAUUUACUGCAGAAAGCUUGUUAGCCAGUCCCCAGCUGUUUUAAAGCUUCUUAGACCCCAGCGGGAAUUGUUUUUUUCCCCGCUCCAUUAUCAUCAUCACUCCGAUCUGACCGCCACGUUAUGAGGUUCGCUCAGACACUGUCAAUCUUUAUUUACCAAUCGAUACGAAAGAAAGACGUACAAUGAGCUUCGUAGCAUAAACAGCAAGCUAGAAAAAUUAAAUAUUAAUGUUGUUCAUGCACACAAUACUGAGAAGCCUUCCAUUUUUCAACCUUUUCAACCCUGAAGUGACCACCUCCCGCCACUAGAUUGUCUUUCUAUCCCUGCAUGUGCUGCCCUUGGCUUCCUCCAGGGACUCUGAUUUACUCCCUUACUAUAUUUACAUUUGAAUCAGGUGAUGUUUUGUAAAUCCUAUUUUAAUUUACAGCACCAACACUCUGCUAUAUGCUUUUUUUUUAAUCUGCACAUGUUGAGAAGAGGAAUUAAAGUGGAGUUACCGUCCACAGAGAAGUCAUUCAUGGAAGUGAGCUGCGCACUUGUUCCACCUGCAGCACAAUCAUGAUGUCAUCCAGGGCAAUUUGGAAAAAGUGACUCGCUCCUGCUACCUUUUAUUGCUUAAAGAUGCUCUGAAAUGAAAGGCUGCUUGGAAAUCACAGCGCCGCUAAACCCUGUACUUUUCCACUAAUCAGCUUUGAAUGCUAAUUCCACUUUCUUUUUUGGCUCCAGUUCCCAAGUUGUGAUUUAUGAUAGCUGUGCGCUCGAGUUGUGCUGAAAUGACAUGUCGAAUGGCCACAGUUAUUGUAAAAGAAAGCCUUAAGUUGUUG